AUGUAUUAUGUGUAUAAAAUACCAGGACCACGAGCUUAUCCCAUUAUUGGUAAUGGAUUAAUGUUGUUAGGCUCAAAUAGAGCCAAUCCUGAAAAUGUACAGAAAAUUUUAUGUAAUCCUAAUGCAUUAAAUAAACCAUAUUUAAUGCGAUAUUUAAGCUAUCCAAUGGUAGGUGAUAGCAUUUUAGUAUCAGAAGGAUCUACAAUGGGUGUAAAUAUUAAUGCACUGGAAAAGGGAGCAGAUUUCCUUCAUGCUAUGGAAAGAUGUAACUAUGUAAUGGCAUCAAGAGGACUUCAUCUAUGGAAAUAUCCUAAUAUCAUAUUUCGUUUGACUGAUGAUUAUAAACAGCUGAAAAAGCAUCGAAGAAUUCUUCAUAAUUUACAUACUAAAAUAAUUGAACACAAGAGGCAAAAUUGCAAUAUGAACAAAAUAAAUAACAACGAAAUGUUCGAUUUUGAAGGUAUAAAACAAAAUACAUUGAAGAAACCUUUAUUAGAUUACUUACUGGAAACUAAUGAAACUAAUCCAACAUUUACUGAUGACGAUUUAAGAGAUGAAACAAGUAUAAUCGCUAUGGCUGGAUUUGAAACAAUAGCAACUGCUAUGAGUUAUUGUAUAUUAAGUAUAGCAGGACAUCCAGAAAUUCAAAACAAAGUUUAUGAUGAAAUAUUUUCUAUUUUUGGUGAUUCUGAUCGUUCUAUUGAAUUGGAAGAUUUACCAAAAUUAGAAUAUUUAGAAAUGGUUAUUAAAGAAUCAUUACGGCUGUAUCCGGUUGUACCACUGAUAUUCCGAGAACUUUCAAGUGAUAUAAAAAUUGAUAAUUACAUUUUAACAAAAGGAACGGAAAUAGCCAUACCGAUAUAUUGUAUACAUCGUGAUCCGAAUUUAUGGGAAAAUCCCUUGCAGUUUAUUCCAGAGCGAUUUUUACCAGAAAAUAUUAGUAAACAACAUCCUUAUUCAUAUGUACCAUUUAGUGGUGGUCCUAGAAAUUGUCUUGGUUAUCGCUAUUCAUUUAUGUUUAUGAAAACAGUCAUAUCAACAUUAUUACGCUCUUAUGAAGUGCACACUGAUUUAAAUUUGAGAAAACUUAGAUUUGAGAUGGAAAUUAUAUUGAAAUUACCUGGAGGCCAUCAAAUACGAAUUACACCACGAAAUAAAACUAUUCCAGUAGCAUAA